CUGAUGCAGCAUCCGCUCACAAGAGCAGAUAUGCGGCCUGCCGUAUUUUGAUUGUAGGCUCUGGUCCAGCAGGCACCGCAGACAUGGCGGCUCACUCCCUCCAUCAACUUCUGCAUUUGUAAUUACAUUUUGUCAACAUUGCAGGAGUUAGCAGGGAAGCUGGCAGCUUUUGAUGCCCAAAGCGGCUCCGUUUGGAGGACAUGAUGGAGGUUACUGCGGAGGGAGAGGCGGAGGAGCGCAGGAGGGAGCAAUGGAAGCUGCUGUCCAGCCUGAAGACCACUGUGGAGGGCCUCCUGUCCACCAACAACCCUAAUGUCUGGUCGCGGUACGGGGGCUUGCAGAGGCUCCACAAGGACAUGAACAACAUCCUCGGUCACAGGCUGAAAAACGAGCAGGUGUACUACAAGCAGCGAGACUACUGGCCUUUUGUUUGGUGUGUUCGCUACAUUACCCCCCACCUCGCUGUGCAUGUUGAACAGUUCAGUCACCUGGAGCCGGUUUUGAGCACCGGGAUGCACGGCGCCGGGGAGAGCUACAAGGCCGAGCGUUGGUUGCUGCACAGCUUACAGGUUCAUAAGCUCUCAGCACAACUCAAACCUCUGCUCCGGCAUAUGGGAAACACCCGGAAAUACUACAACGAUGAUGCCUUCCUACUCAGUGAGCCUCAUGUGACCGCCAUGUUUCAGUGUCUGGAAGCCGUGGAGCAGAAUAACCCCAAACUGCUGGCUCAAGUAGACACGGUUGGGCUUUCCCCUCUGAGGGGCUCUCCAUGCUUCAGUCUGUUGAAGAGCCAGAGCCUGUGUGUGCUGCCAGGGGCCGGUGGGACCUGGAGGAAGGCGGACGCAUCACCAGGAGGAGACUCUUUGAACCGCAGGCUAACCACGUCUAACUGCUCUCUGCGAGAAGCCGUUACUGCCGACCUCAGCCCUGCAGACACUACCAAGUGCACUACCUCUCCAGCCAGCAGGGUGGAAACUCCUUGGGCGUUCGUGUCCAGCCUAGCGGAGGGUGAACGCGGUGUGACGCCUCCUCCUGGAUCCACUUCCACCCCUCACAUCGCUCUAACAGAGUCCCCAUCCUCCUCCGUUCAGCCCGAAUCCGGGGACUUCUGCGAUGGCGACUCCGAUGACGGUCCGGAGUAUCUGGCCAUCGGUAAUCUUGGGCAGCGCAGUCGUUGCAAUUCCAGAAGCUCCACCCACAGCAGCGAGCAGGACCAGAAAAAGGAACCGUGCACACAGCGGGGUUCUCUGGCCCCGAAUCCGCCAAGGCGCUCCUCUUUCUCAGAAGGCCAGAAGGGCCCCGGCAGGGGCGCUAAAGGACACACCCGCUCGUUUUCAGACACGGGGAUCAGUCAGAAACUCAGGAAUGGAGGGGGCCACAGAAAGAUCACCAUAAUAAUAGAGGAUCCAGUUGCAGAAUCGGCGAGCGAAGACUCCAGCAUGGCGGAGUACAGCCCCUUCUCACCUCAGCGCAGUGAUACCAGCACCCCCAGUUCUCUGUACAUGGACUCUUGUGGGCCACAGUACAGAGGCGUACCAGAUGGGAUGUUCAGGAAACCGUCGAAGGGCCAGAGCCUCAUCAGCUACCUGUCAGAGCAGGACUUUGGCAGUUGUGCCGACCUUGAAAAGGAGAACGCUCAUUUCAGCAUCUCGGAGUCCCUCAUCGCCGCCAUUGAGCUGAUGAAGUACAACAUGCUGCGGCGGGAAGAGGCGGGCGUGGAAGAGGAGGGAGACAGCGACUCAGAGAUUCAGCAGCUCAAGCAGAAGAUCCGUCUGAGGAGGCAGCAGAUCCGUCGCAGCCGCCUGCCUCCCUGCAUAACCUCCCAGCGCAAUUUCCACUCCAGUGACAGCGGCGGCUCCAGAAGGAGCUCUCACGACUCCUUCCAGGGCCUGUCCGACUCCGGCUCGGUCGAGGAGGUGGAGGAAUGUGAACUACAAGAUGGCUGUGAGGGCCAGUCCCUGCUGGCGGUGUCUCAGAACGGCCUCUCCUUGUCACUCGCCUCCCUCUUCUCAGAUGCUGAUAUAAAGCGCAGCGUGAGCUCCAGUGGCAGGUCCUUCCUGAGCUCAGAGUCCAUCUCUCCAUCCUUCCUCCAGUCUAACUCAGCCGAGUCGGUAGCUAUGGGUUUACUCAGGCAGUUUGAGGGCAUGCAGCUUCCUGCAGCUUCAGAGCUUGACUGGCUGGUCCCAGAACACGAUGCUCCACAGAAGCUGCUGCCUAUCCCCGACUCCUUGCCCAUCUCUCCUGAUGAUGGCGAGCACGCAGAUGUCUACAAGUUGAGGAUUCGAGUUCGAGGAAACCUCGAGUGGGCGCCGCCGAGACCACAGAUUAUCUUCAACAUCCAUCCUCCUCCAAAGAGGAAGGUUAUCGUCGCCAAGCAGAACUACCGCUGUGCUGGCUGUGGCACCAAAAUUGACCCAGACUACAUCAAGCGGCUACGUUAUUGCGAAUACCUCGGCCGUUACUUCUGCCAGUGCUGCCAUGAGAACGCCCAGGUCAUCGUUCCUGGCCGAGUGCUCAGGAAGUGGGACUUCAGCAAAUACUAUGUAAGCAACUUUGCCCGGGACCUGUUGAGCAAGAUUGCCGGGGAUCCUCUGUUUAACCCAAGUGACAUCAACAGCGGCUUGUAUAAGAAGAUCAAAUCUCUGGAGUCUGUCAGGGUUUUGAGGGUGCAGCUGUUUCACAUGAAGAACCUCCUGAGGACCUGUCGGUUUGCCAAAGAGGUACUGGACCUUUUCGACAGCCUGCCUGGCCACCUGACCGAAGACCUUCAUCUCUUCUCGCUCAACGAUCUCUCUGCUGUUCGCAACGGCGAACUGGCUCCUCGAAUGAAAGAGCUGCUGAAGCUUGGUACCGUGCAUGUGGCCGGAUGCGUGCUGUGUCAGGCAAAGGGUUUUGUGUGCGAGUUCUGCAACAACGACAAAGACAUCAUCUUCCCCUUCCAGCUGAGCAAGUGCCAGCGCUGCGAAGGGUGCCACGCCUGUUAUCACCAAAACUGUUUCCGGACGGGUAAAGACUGCCCUCGGUGUCGGCGGCUGGCGGAACGCAGAGAGAGGAUGGCGCGCAAAAACAUGGAGGAGCAGGAGGAUGAGGGAGGGGGGACCUAGCGCCGGCGGGGAGAGAACCUCAGGAAAGAAGAGGAGCACAAAUCGACGAUGAUUGUAGACACUGACCUCCUUCUCGUCUCUCAUUCCUCCCUGAUCACCACAGGAAGCUAUUUUUUUUGACCAGAUCGCAACAUGGAAGUUAAGUUUAGAGACGUAUAUUUUCAAAAUAAACCCUAAGAUGUGCACUUUAUUUGACUAAUGCUUGAAAAGUAUAGAAACCAAUAUGCAAAACUAAAGAAUAAAAUAAUAUUAAUAAUAAUAAAAAUAAAAUAAGACCUUUAAUACUAACACAUUAAGCCUGUAUUUGAACAUUUAGUUGCAGCUUUUACUGCUGCUCAAACAUCUAACUUGAGUUUAAUCAUUCUUGAUCUAAAGACAAAGUUUUAUGGUUAUUAUGUUUGUCUGUCUCCUCCUUUUUACCAGCUAUCCUCAGCAGUGCUGAAUCAUUCUUGCACAGAUAGACCAGCUCUGGAUGAGAUAUCAAACCUGCUGCCUUGCACACUUACAUGAUGCUAAUGAUUUUUGCAGUUUUCUGUGCAACAUGAGCCAAAGACCACCAUUAAAAUGUCAGCACUUGUAUGUUGUUAUACUUCUCCUUCUUUUAUACAAACUGGUAGGAUAAAUAUUUUAUUAGCUCAGAUUUUUUUUUUUUUUUUGACACCUGUAAUAUUAGAAUUAUUUUAUUUUUAAGAGUGACACUGGAAAAUGAAAAUUAUAGGAUUUAUUUUUAGGAUUUGACCAAUAAUUAUUUGAAUGAUCUUGUCAGGUGCAGUUUUUUAUUUUAUUUUGAUAUUUAAAAGAUUCACCCCUCUGCUUUUUUUUAUUUUUAUUUUUUUAUAUCCAUAUGUUUCAGAUUUUUUUUUGCCUUUUUUUGUUAGAAUGAAGAUUUAAUGGAAAAGAUGUUGGAGUCUAAGCAAAGCCGAGUUCAUUCUCAGUCAAACUGCUAAUGAUCAGUUGGUGUGUGCUGACUAACGUGGACUUUAUACGAGUGCUGCUGAGAUUAUCUACCUGCUGUCCUUGCUGGCUUCUUUUGUUGCAGCUUAAAGAUAACAGCGUCUUUGGUUUAUUGCACUGAUCCUGUGUUUUGGACAGUGGAGUUGAUUCUUCAAUGUUCUCCUUCUGUUUGUUUUAAAAGUAUGAACCUUUGACUUGAAAUGUUACUGCCCUUAAUGAUUUCAUCUGAGAUUUUCUGCCUGAAUUUCUAGUUUCAUUCACAGUAUUUCAUACUUUAGCGCUCAUUUAAAAGUCCCAGAGGAUAAAGGGAUGCUGACUGGAGAUUAAGCAACUCCAUUUGGUUAAAGAUAAUAGUUUAAGUAACUAAAUGCUUUUUGUUUAACAUCUGUUUUUGCUCUUCACAAUAGGCAUCUCAUAAAAGGUUUUCAGAUGCAUCUUUUGUGCACCAAUAUAAAUUACGUUUAUUUUUUUCAAUUUAAAAAUGCUAAUAUGUCCCGUUAUCCUAAAUUUUCGAAACAAACAUUUUGUUACCGGGUCAGUCUCCUUUUAACUCGGCUCUUUGAUAUGAACCCAGUCAAUAUUAAUGCACUUAAAUUUUCAGUUUUUUGCAAAAAAUCCCCUUGAAGUCUUCAGUUAAAAGUUUUAAAUAAGCCCCCCAGCUCCUCUGAUCAGCUUUGUCUUGGACCUGCCUUUUAUUAAAGGAGUGAAGAGGUUUAAAGUGCACUACAGAGUUAAAAUGUUUAUAUUAAAUGUAAGUUAUUGUUAUUCUUAACCCUGAUUGCUUUGCAUCUGUAAUUAUGUUCAAUAAAUGACUGGCAAGACUGUUAAACUGGUGAUACUGAGUGGUUUUUUGGGAAUUUUAU